UGCUGGGAUCAGAAGCAGCCAGGAAAGACACCACGACAAACAGCUUUCACUUCACACUCGGCACAGUCUGCAGAGGGGAUGUGAACCAUUACUGAGCACGGCUGCUAUGGCCCAGGUGCAGCUCAACACCUGGCUGAUCCUGUGCAUGUUCGCUGGAUCCCAGAGGCUAACAGAUGAACAUCCUUUCAGCAGGGACGAUGUCAACACCAACGCACCCCACCGCGGCCCUGAGGACGCCGACGUCAUGUUAGAGAUGCUCUGGGGGAGGCUGGACAUUCAGGCCAACGGGACAGUCCAGCUGCAGGAUGAAGAGCUGGCCUCCCUGCGCACAGCACGGUGGUUCAUGCAGAUCUUAGAGCGUGAAGUUCCCAAAACACCAAUGGAGAUUGAGCAGCAACUGAGAUAUUACUCACAGACUGACACCCCUUUGCCUCUAACAGAGUUUGACCGUCUGCUUUUCACCAGUGUUUACUGUGCCUACCAGAUCCGCUCAGUUCAGGGUCUGGAUAAAAAUCUCUGGAUCCGUUUUUUCUCUCAACUAGCUGAUGAAAUCUUCCGUGAUCUGUGCAAGGGGCUCUGCUCUGCAAAUUCCACCAUCCUCUUGGCUUCCUGGCCCUCGAAGGAAAAGCCUUCACAUUUAGCAUCUCUGAAACAUUUUUAUCGCUCUAAUCUGGCCAGGACCAAGAGAGGCACUUAAUAAGGAAAACAACCAUGGGAAGGUGUGCAUCUGACCUCAGCUGCAAUCUGGGCUGUUUCAAAUGCUGACAAUCCUUCCACAUUAUUCUGGACUUUGCAGAAAUAUGCCACAUCUUUCAUCCAGCUCUCUGUAUUUAUACACAACGUUUUAUUUUUAGAUAGAACAGGACAUAACUCAAAAUUGCAUCUCACACUUUCCUUUUUUUUUUUCUUUUUCUUUUUU